CCCAACCAUGAAAAGAUGCCGUUUUCAAGGUGAUGCCAUAUUAUUUGCUCGAUUUUAUUUUUCCCCCCCAUGAGCAAGGGCAUAUGUCGUAUCAAAUCAGACCUCGUUGGCUAAGCGAAAAAGCAGCGCGUCUUCUGGUCGCAGCCAAGAAGAGCCUCAUUUUUGCCUCCGUUCUUCAUGACACAAAUAACCAACAAUCAUUUCUGUGCAAUUGAUUCAUGGCAAAUGAAUUAACUACUGCCACUGCUGUGAAUUAACAUCCACACCUAAAACUUUUACUGCCAUUUAGGUAGGACGAGUCGGCCCACGCGCGACCGAAAUCUGUUUUUAAUGAGAAGUUAGCAAUCGGCCUUUGGACUGCCCAAAGCCACUUCGCGCUAUUAGUGCGGACAUGUCAAAUAAACAGCGGGACCUGCUGCAUAUUUCCUCGUUCUGCCUCUGAGGCACCGGUCUUUAGUCCGGCCCUUCAGCAUAUUAGGUUUCAGAUCUGCAUGGCUCAUAGCGCUCAUGGCUGCGAGUGGAAAUUUCCACUUCUCCUUGGAGCUCCUACUUCUGAAUUUUCAUGCUGUGGAGAACAUCCAUGAGCUCCGAUUCUUCACACUACAGUUUCAGGAUGCCAAAUAUAGGGUUCCAGAACCUGCCUCUUAAUAUUUACAUUGUUGUGUUUGGGACAGCCAUCUUUGUCUUCAUCCUCAGCCUCCUCUUCUGCUGCUACUUAAUAAGGUUACGGCACCAGGCGCACAAAGAGCUCUAUGCAUACAAACAAGUCAUUCAGAAGGAAAAGGUGAAAGAGUUAAAUUUGCAUGAGAUGUGCGCGGUUUGCUUGGAGGAGUUCAAGCAGAAAGACGAGCUGGGGAUUUGUCCGUGCAAACAUGCGUUUCAUCGGAAAUGCCUCAUCAAGUGGCUGGAAGUGAGGAAAGUGUGCCCGCUGUGCAACAUGCCCGUUUUACAGCUUGCCCAGCAGGCCGGCACCACGGAAGCUCCCGUGCCCAUCCAGCAGCCUCUGCCCGGUGUCGAGAACCUGGUCUAGUGAACCUGAAGCCAACAAAAUGGUGACACUAAAAAACAUACAUACAUACAUACAAAAAAAUAUAUAUAUAUUUGUGUAUGUACACAUCAGUCAAAUAGUCAGCUGUACAGGUCCAAUUUGUUGUGGCUCUGCGGACCCGCCGGGUGAAAAAGACCAUACAGUACAUUAUCUUCACAGGGACUCAUAAAAAGUUUUUUUCUUCAACUCGCUUGGAUUGAUCAUCGGCUGGAUUAACCAUUUUUCUUUCUUCAUGGACACGGAAAGAACGUUGAUAUGGUUCUUAACUAACGCGCUUUUUUUCUGUGGACACCAGGAUGACAACAAACACAGCAGCCAAGAUCUACAAUACACAAAAUACUCUUCUUUCUUUUUUGUUUUUUGUUUUUUUUUUAAUUUAACAAGCACUUUACAAGAAGUUAAAACCUAAUUGCUUGCCAUUGUCGUAGCAAGGGUAUGUUUUAUAUCUGAUUUUUGACCAUUACUUCCAUGUUCAGCAUAUCGCCUCACAAGUUUUCAUUUUGUCGUCAGUAAACUUUGACCCAAAACAUAAUUCCCAAAGGGACCCAAAAAUACUUUUGGGAAACGUUUGGAAAUAGUCAGAUAUUUUCAUGACUUCACACACACAGUCCAUUCAUUUUAAAUGAAUGAGUUACACAUGCCAAACUUUAUCUGAAGUGCCCGUCUUUUUAGUCAUUAUUAUUAUUAUGCAACUGUUUUGAUGGUUUGUAUUCUGCAAGUCAAUAAGGAUUUCACUAAAUAAAUGACCAUGUCUCCUCAUAUAGCGGCUGUACGGUGAAGGUGGCCGCACUAAUUUACUAUACUGCAGAGAGUACUGGGCGCCAAUUAGCGGUAAGACCUUUAUUCGUAAGACUUAUUCGUAUGAGUCUGUUACAUCAUCUUCCCAAAUUAUUGUUCACAGAUUCUGAGAACCAUGAUUGAGGCAAUUACAUAAACAUUGAGCCGAGUAAGCAGUGCAGUACUGGUUUGAGAUGUGGCGUUUCUUUCGUCAUUCAUUAAUUAGAGAGUGGUGUCAAUCAGAGUGAAGGUCAUUAUUUGAGGAAAUAUGGUACGUUUUGAUUUCACGACUUUUGUAGGGUAAUAAUAUCUGAAUACGAUACACUGUUUUUGAAGAAAAUGAAGAAAACCGCAACAAAGUCCUUAAAUGUAGAAACACAACUCAACGUAGUGUGAAUAUUUUAAAGCAGUAUUAUAAAGUAUCGGGGCUUUCAAAAAAAAAAACAAACACUUUAUGAGCAUGAAUGCCACUUGUUGUUAUUCGUUCACGAAACGUGUUAAAGCAGCACUAAAAAUGCAUCUCAAGUUUUGACUUUUCGUGUGUAUUUAUGGUUGAGAGGGAGUUGCCCCCCUGCUAGAGCCAGCGCUCACUGGAUGUAAUGAAGCAGCAUUUCCAUUCAUAUGCAGACACACACUGAGGACACACACUGAGGCGCGCACACACAUUCACAAGCGGGAUGAAUCUUUCUCGAGCUUUCGCUUCUCACUCUCUUUCUCUACCUUUUUGUUUUGGAUGGACCACUGAGCCCUGCUUUUUGUGUCCCUGGUUGUGAGCUCCACUCGCUAAAAGUGCUGAUCGUUUUCGAGAGCAGCAAACAACAAAAAACAACAACAAAAAAAAAAC